UAUGUUUUGAUAUAAUCUCUGCUUUUUCACCGUUUUCAUUUGGCCGUGCUACUGGAUGAUUCGCGGAAAUCAUGUUUCUACAUUUCCAUUGCAAGCGUGACGAAAUCCUGUUUUCUGGAAAAGAUAAUUUAAGUUUAGUUAUUGCCAUUACAACUAAACAUGUUGAAAUGUAUGUGAGCAUAAGGAAGGCACCUAAUUGUGAUCAAAAGUAAAAUAUCAAAUGACGAAUUAUGGAAAAAAAUCUCCAAAUCAUAAGAACACAUGUGUUGCAAUGCCCCAUAGUUCACGUUUUUCGUAUAAAGGCGAUAGGUACAGGAAGAAAAUUUAUCGUUUUUGCCUGAAGUAUUAAGAAUGGUUGACUACACCAAGUUUGCAAAAUUCUACGUAGCUGUAUCAACGCUUGUCGCUCUUGCAUGCACUGUGGGUUUUGUAGUAAUGGUAGCCACCAUGCCCCAAUGCCCGCACCUGACCAACUUUAAAUGCCCUACGACUGAGGGUCAUACCAGCCAACCACUACGCUCUAUUGGUCCGUACGGUAUAACCCCGCCACUUCUAGAUUCAACAGACAUCGUUUUGGAAGACUUCGUUACUUCCUUGACCAUGUCUGAAGUUUACGAGGCUAAAACUAAAACUAAACAAGGCAGCAUCACCAGACGAGAACCGCAUGGCAAAAACGUUCCUUUCCCAGACCCCGAUAGCAUCAACGACGAUGGCGAGUUUCCGUCACCUGUAACUUCUGACGCGGGCAAUCCUGACGUGAAACCACAACCUGAAACGUCAUCCACAACUUCCCCAGAGGCCGACGGUUUCAUUGAACAACUGAUAAGAAGUCUGUUAUCGAUGAUGAACGAUCCUGAUUUGCAAAAUCUUGAAGAUCAACACUUAUUAAAUAUCAUGUUGAUCAACAUUGUUAAUGCAACCUAUUCCAGACAUACACAUCGGAUGGAAGCCGAAACGGAAGCCAUAAGACAAAACACGAGCAACAAUGUUCAAAAAAUCCGCAAACCCUCGGGUAAAAGUUUUCUUCCAUCUUUUCGUGAGAACUUCAGUGAUGGAGGAGAAGAGAUGGAGAGCGAAAACAAGUCAACAGUGAAUAUUGCCAAAAUGGUGAAUGGAUUAGCGACGUCUUCCCACGAUGGCUAUGUGAACAAGGCCGACACCUACAAUUUGGACGUGGAAAAGCAUUCUAGCGGCACCGAAUCAGUUGAGGUCGACGAUUCACUCAACGAAAUCAACAAGUUUAUGUUGGACCUCAACAGAGCGGUGUCCGGAACAGGUUACGCAAACACUGACGAUUUAUUUAACGAAACCAAAAGCCUAACGUUGGCAAUCGAAAGACAGGUGAACAACGGAGUUCAAUCAAUUCAUGAUUCUCCUCUGUCUAAAACACUAAAGAUUGUCAUCGAUAAAAGAGUGAUUGGAGUUGCUACUCCAGACAUCAACGAUUCGCUCAACAAAACCGCAAUUUUUAAAGUCAACAUCAAAAAGGAAGUCAGUGGACAGGGAUAUUCCGACUCUAUCUAUUCGUCUGGUGGAGCCGAACUGUUUGAAAUAUCCAUCGAAAAAACAGUAACUGGAAUUCCAUUUUUGAACACUACAAACCAAGCUAUUGACGAGUCACAUGUCUUCGAACUCGACAUCACCAAGGUAAUGGAAGAGAUUGCAGCGUCCGAUGUUCUCGAUGAAUUAGACAACGUGAAUGCAAAUUUUAACAUCAACGUUGAAAGUCAGCUCAAUGGGUUGGGACAUUCUAAUUCUAUUGAUUCAUCUAGUGACGACGAUAUCUCCGAAAUAGACAUCCAAAAAACAACGAAGGGAAUUGGAUUUGCUAACACUAAAACCCAAGCUAUUGACGAGGCACAUGUCUUCGAACUCGACAUCACCAAGGUAAUGGAAGAGAUAGCAGCGUCCGAUGUUCUCGAUGAAUUAGACAACGUGAAUGCAAAUUUUAACAUCAACGUUGAAAGUCAGCUCAAUGGGUUGGGACAUUCUAAUUCUAUUGAUUCAUCUAGCGACGACGAUAUCUCCGAAAUAGACAUCCAAAAAACAACGAAGGGAAUUGGAUUUGCUAACACUAAAACCCAAGCUAUUGACGAGGCACAUGUCUUCGAACUCGACAUCACCAAGGUAAUGGAAGAGAUUGCAGCGUCCGAUGUUCUCGAUGAAUUAGACAACGUGAAUGCAAAUUUUAACAUCAACAUUGAAAGUCAGCUCAAUGGGUUGGGACAUUCUAAUUCUAUUGAUUCAUCUAGUGACGACGAUAUCUCCGAAAUAGACAUCCAAAAAACAACGAAGGGAAUUGGAUUUGCUAACACUAAAACCCAAGCUAUUGACGAGGCACAAGUCUUUGAACUCGACAUCAGCAAAGAGAUGAAAGCAAUUGCAUCUUUAGAUCCUACAGAUCACUCUGACAACGUGAACGCCGCUGUAAAAGUUAACAUCGAAAAGCAGCUCAAUGGUCUUGGACAUUCCGAUUCGAUGAAUUCAUCUAGUGGAAACCAAAUCUCGUAUGUAGACAUGGAAAAAACAGUGAACGGAAUUGGGCUAUCCCACGAUAACAAAAGUGAUAACGACGACACCCACAUCUUCAAACUCGAUGUCGACAAGGAUAUGAGGGGGAUAGCAAGUUCAGGUGUUUUUUUGUAUCCUCAUAAUAGUACUACCGAGUUAGAUGUGGGGAAAACGGCUAUUGGCAUAGCCUUUUCCAACAACCAGAAUGCAGGUGACGUAAGGAACAAAAAGCCAGAGUUAAACCUUCAAAAGCAAGUGGUGGGGAUAGCGUCUGCAAAUCGCGAACAGCCCAACAAUUUUGACAAAGAGAUUACGGGAAUUAGUUCUUCCUACACCAAUAACGAGAACAGCAACGACGCCAACGACCUUAAACUCGACAUCGGGAAGGUAAUGGAGGGGGUCGCAGCUUCCAAUGUUUUCAAUGACUCUCAUUACCAUAUGGAGAGAAAAAAUGUUGGCGUAGCCUCUUCCAGCACCCGUACCUCAAGUAAUGGAAAGACCGUAGAACCGAAGUUAUACAUUCAGAAGCAAGCGGUGGGUAUUGCGGCUGCAAAUACGAAACAAUCUUCUAGCCACCCAGGCAAAAAUCAACAUUAACUUGCUUCUAUUGAUCUAACAUACGUGCUUGUACUUCAAGUCUCAAAUACAAUGAUAAA